UGAACGUUAUAGCAGGUGUGUGAUAGAGUGCAGUGAACGUUAUAGCAGGUGUGUGAGACACUGCAGUGAAUGUUAUAGCAGGUGUGUGAUAUAGUGCAGUGAAUGUUAUAGCAGGUGUGUGAUAGAGUGCAGUGAACGUUAUAGCAGGUGUGUGAGACACUGCAGUGAAUGUUAUAGCAGGUGUGUGAUAGAGUGCAGUGAAUGUUAUAGCAGGUGUGUGAGAUACUGCAGUGAAUGUUAUAGCAGGUGUGUGAUAGAAUGCAGUGAAUGGGGAAGCAGUGAGUGGGUGAGACACUGCAGUGAAUGUGAUAGCAGUGAGUAUGAUAGAGUGCAGUGAAUGUUAUAGCAGGUGUGUGAUAUAGUGCAGUGAAUGUUAUAGCAGGUAUUUGAUAGAGUGCAGUGAAUGUGAUAGCAGGAGUGUGAGAGAGUGCAGUGAAUGUUAUAGCAGGUGUGUGAUAGAGUGCAGUGAAUGUUAUAGCAGGUGUGUGAUAGAGUGCAGUGAAUGUUAUAGCAGGUGUGUGAUAUAGUGCAGUGAAUGUUAUAGCAGGUGUGUGAUAGAGUGCAGUGAAUGUGAUAGCAGGAGUGUGAGAGAGUGCAGUGAAUGUUAUAGCAGGUGUGUGAUAGAGUGCAGUGAAUGUUAUAGCAGGUGUGUGAUAGAGUGCAGUGAAUGUUAUAGCAGGUGUGUGAUAUAGUGCAGUGAAUGUUAUAGCAGGUGUGUGAUAGAGUGCAGUGAAUGUGAUAGCAGGAGUGUGAGAGAGUGCAGUGAAUGUUAUAGCAGGUGUGUGAUAGAGUGCAGUGAAUGUUAUAGCAGGUGUGUGAUAGAGUGCAGUGAAUGUUAUAGCAGGUGUGUGAGACACUGCAGUGAAUGUGAUAGCAGGAGUGUGAGAGAGUGCAGUGAACGUUAUAGCAGGUGUGUGAGACACUGCAGUGAAUGUUAUAGCAGGUGUGUGAUAGAAUGCAGUGAAUGGGGAAGCAGUGAGUGGGUGAGACACUGCAGUGAAUGUGAUAAAGUACAGUGAAUGUUAUAGCAGGUGUGUGAUAGAGUGCAGUGAGUCUGAUAGCAGGAGUAUGAUAAAGUACAGUGAAUGUUAUAGCAGGUGUGUGAUAUAGUGCAGUGAAUGUGAUAGCAGGACUGUGAUAGAGUGCAGUGAAUGAUAGCAGUGAGUGUGUGAGAGAGUGCACUGAAUUUGAUAGCAGGUGUGUGAGACAGUGCAGGGUUUGGUUUAUGAAUGAUGGUCCUGAACACUGCACCUGGUAUGUGACACACAUCUGAGACUGCUGGAGCAGGUGUGUAAUGUUAUUGUGUGAACGCAGGAGCAGUUGUGAGUAUAGGUGUAGUGUGUGUGCAGGAGCAGUGGUGAGACAUUGAAGUGAGUAUAGGUGUAGUGUGAGCGCAGGAGCAGUGGUGAUGACAGUGUGUGAGACGUUACAGUGAGUAUAGGUGUAGUGUGAGCGCAGCAACAGUGGUGAUAACAGUGUGUGAGACGUUACAGUGAGUAAAGGUGUAGUGUGAGCGCAGGAGCAGUGGUGAACAUUGAAGUGAGUAUAGGUGUAGCAGAAGUGCAGGAGCAGUGGUGACACAGUGCGUGAGACAUCACAGUGAGUAUACAUGUAGUGUGAGCGCAGGAGCAGGUUUGUGGCAGACUAAUGAUUACUAGAGUGGGUAUGUGAGUCAGGAGCUGUAGUGUAGCAGCUGCACUAAACACAGGACAAAUUGUGAACUACGAGAGAGUCAUAGACGGACACUGGAGGAAAGGCUGUGGAUGUGGGAGGCGUGAGUUGGUGCUAAGUGUGAUAGAUCAGACAGGAAGAUAAUGUCAGAGCUACAGGACAGGAGUGUCAGGAGCAGGGGGCGGGCUGUACAGGGGCAGGAACAGGUAUACUGCUGAGGUAAUGUCAGGGUGGGGCAUGCAAGCAGAGACAGACUAAACCUGUAGAAGAGACCAGUGACACACUGAGAGUGCUCAGCACAUGUCACACACUGACAUACUGGGAGGGUAAUAAUAAAGUACAUGUUGUGGGAGCAGCAGGUCAUAGUGGAGCACGGUGAGAGGAUCAAGAAAUAAACACAAAGACUGUUUUUAUCAUAAACUUCCACUACCUCUGCCUGACCAUGCAAGACGGUCAUUUUCUUAUGUCGGCCCUGCAGCCAAAUACGGACAUCUCCUCUCUGGCACUGCCCACCGACUCUCAGCUGAACCGCAAGCUUCGAGAUGAGAGCCAAGAACUACGAAAUGCCCGUGUUCAGGAGCAGGUGCGGGCACGCAUGAUGCAGAAGGGACAGUCCUCCUCCAGAGGUGACUCUGGCUAUGCAGAAAGUUACUCCUCUCGCGCCCAGUACAGCUCAGCGCCUACUUCCUAUAGCUCCCGUUCUCAGAUACUCAGCUCCGACCAAAGAAUUUCUACCAUGCGCCCGGUAGCAUAUGCCAGUUCGGGAGCAAUGAGGUCAGGCGGUUAUUCAUCUCGCUCUGCUGUUGAUAUGGGCGGCAGUGGCGCUCAGCGGAUCAGUGUUGCUGCACAACAAAGAGGUUACACCACCACUCGCCCAACCUCAUUUCAUGAACGUGUAUAUCCAACAGCCAGACGUGAGUAUGACACCAUGUCACUGAGGUCUCUUCACCUAGGGGAUAUGGAUGAGCGCUACAAUCAAGGGGCAUCAACUCAGGCAUCCUUCUACACCCGGCAAAUGUCUAGUGGCAGUGCCGCACCUGCACUUCAGAGGUCGCUGUCUGGAAACAUAUCCCAGGAUGGUGGUGGCGGCACAUGGGUUGAGAGAGCUGAGGUGGCACAGACUCGGACAAUCAGGGCACCUGCCAUGCGCACUCUGCAGCGUUUCCAGAGCACAAACCGUGCACGUGUGGCAUCCGCUUCCUAUGGUUCUAUGGGCGGUGUUACUGCUCAGCAGAUGCAGCAGCAUGUAGGUAGUGGAGUCGGUACCACUUAUGUCACAAACACAUUGGAACAAAGCUCACGGGCACCUUCGGUACGAAGUUUGGGAGAAUCCGCGCAUCAGAUGCAAGAGACCAGGGGCAUGGACAUGUAUGAUGGGAACAAGAGUCUGAUGAGCCAGCACUCAUUCACCAGUGGGUUCGAUGACAUGGACAUGCCAUCCGCAGUGAAGUAUUUGAUGGCAAGUGAUCCCAAUCUGCAGGUUCUGGGAGCUGCUUAUAUACAGCAUCGGUGCUACAAUGAUGCAGAGGCCAAGAAACAGGCUCGAGGGUAUCAAGCCAUCCCUAAACUUGUCAAACUAUUCAACCACCCAAACCAAGAAGUGCAGCGCCAUGCAACUGGUGCCAUGCGCAACCUCAUCUAUGAUAGUCCUGAGAAUAAGAUGGCACUGGUGGAGGAGAAUGGUGUGUUUGAACUGCUGCAGGCGCUGAAUGAGCAGGAUGAUGAGCUGAAGAAGAAUGUAACGGGCAUCCUUUGGAACUUGUCAUCAAGUGAUAAUUUAAAAAACAGAUUGGCUCGAGACACACUAACUCCACUGACAGACCGUGUGAUGGCUCCGCUGUCUGGUUCCUCAGGGUCUCUACUAAUCCAGCAGAAUGCCUCUGAGUCUGAGAUCUUCUACAAUGCCACUGGCUUUCUCAGAAACCUUAGCUCAGCCAGCGAUGAGACACGUCAGAAAAUGCGAGAAAGCCCAGGGUUGCUGGACUCUCUGGUGUGCUACACAAACCGAGCCCUGCAGUCUGGGAAAUCUGAGGACAAGUGCGUGGAGAAUGCAGUCUGUGUAUUAAGGAACCUGUCCUAUCGACUAUAUGAUGAGAUCCCACCAUCCUGCCUGCAGAGACUGGAGGGGACCCAGAGGGGGCGUACCUUGGCAGGAGAUGGAGUAGGAUGCUUCACCCCUAAUAGCCGCAAACUCAAAGAGCAACAAGGUACAGACCUAGCAACCUUUGCAGAGAUAACACGGAACCCUAAGGACAUGGAAUGGCUUUGGCAUCCGGAGAUUAUUGGAGUUUAUAACAAAUUACUGCAGCAGUGUGAGUUAAACCGGCACACCACCGAGGCGGCUGCAGGCGCCCUUCAGAACAUCACUGCUGGAGACCGCAGGUGGGCAGGUGUGCUGAGUCAAGUUGCACUGGAGCAGGAGCGGAUUCUGAACCCAGUUCUGGACCGUUUGAGGACGGCAGAUCACAGCCAGCUACGCUCUCUAACUGGGCUUAUCCGCAACCUCUCCCGACACGCCAGAAACAAGGAUGAGAUGUCCACCAAGGUGGUGAGUCAUCUUCUGGAGAAGCUCCCAGGUGAUGGUAGUGAUAAGUUACCCCCAGCAGAGGUUGUGGUAAACAUCAUUGCAGUGCUAAAUAACCUCACUGUAGCGGGACCACUCGCUGCCAGGGAUAUCGUUUACUUCAAUGGGCUGAGCAAGCUGAUGUUCAUUAAGAAGAAGAGAGAUGGACCAGACAAUGAGAAGUGCUCCCGCGCUGCAUCCAGCCUCCUCACUAACAUGUGGCAAUACAGCAAACUGCACCGCGACUUCAAGUCGAAGGGAUACAAGAAGGAUGAUUUUCUAGGGCCAUGAUUGGACAACAUGUGAAAUGACAACCCGUCUUCAGUCCAAAUACCAGGAAACAGUUGCUAACCGUGUGACAUUUUCCCAACUCCCUAAACCCUCUGUAAAUGACUCUGCAAGGAGCCUAUCUGCAGGGCCCAGUUUAAUCAGUGUGUGUUUUGAUAGCUAAACUUGUGUCUGUGCUAAUGCUCUGCUGAGUGUGUGAGUGCGCGUGUGUGUGUGCCUGAGUGUGUGAGUGAGUGUGUGAGUCUGUAUGCAUUUUAUAGGAGAGUGUGGUUUCAUGUAGACAAAGAAUGUUCUGAAUUGAUUUACUAUUGGAUGAUCAUAAGUAAAAUGCUGCAAUUCAGUGUAAUGUAUGUACUACAGGGUUAGGGUGUUGCAUUUGGAAGUUAUAAUAUUUAUUAGGUUGCAGGAUGAAGAUGUUGCAAAGUGAAAGAAUUAUUAGUGUAAAUGUGGCAACAUUGUGUUAUCCCCUUGGCUGUAAUGCUUUCACAAUCAUUUCUGGCAGUUAAAUGGUUAACAGAAGCACUAACCCUUAGCCCUGCAAUGUGUUAAUAUUGUGAUAUUUCAGUAUUUAACACAACCUAGCAAAAUUUUACUGUGCAACACUUCAGGUACAACAUUUGCUGUGUUAUAUUGAAUUAUGGUGUUUUAUUAAUGGGAUUCAAAUAGGAUACCGUCUGUAUUGUUAGCACUGCUGUAGCACCCCCUGCUGGAGGGAUACAAAUGUGUGUUUAGCCUAUGGGGCCUCCCAAUAUGAAUGUUUUGUACAAAAGAUUUUACUGUAUUUCAGUCCCUGAUGUCCUGGAACAGUUUUUAAGAAUGUAAAAAAAACAGCCUUUUAUCUCAGGGGAAUUUUAAACUGUGUGUGUGAUUUUUCUGUCACUGUAAUAUAUGGCAUUUGCACAGAUACAAAUAAAACAUUUUUAACUCUAUAAA